AAUUCGAACCGUUUUAUGUUCUCUCUGCUGUGGAAGAGAAUGCUUUAGCCUUUAGAGGACCUGAAAGCAAGUAUUUUGGAAGAGAGUUGGGUUAAGGUACCUGCGUUACUAUACCACAGUUUACCAAUGAAUGUACCAUAUACCUAAGGAUACCUUGAUUUGGCGCCAGUCACGUCAGUGAUCCUCAGUGCAGGGAUCGCGUUUCUUAACGAUGCAGUACUUCAUAGCUCAAAAUGAGUUGGAGCUUCUUCAACAAAAAGAAACUUGCGCCGAAAUCAAGUGUCGACCGAGAGUUUGAAAGAGAAAUAGCAAGAUGCAACGAACUUGAAGCGAACACAAAAAAGCUCUACAAGGGCAUGAAGCGUUGCAACGAAUCGUUUGAAGAACUGACAAAAAUAGAGCUCAAGAUUGCUCAAGAUAUUUCUACUAUGCCUACAAAUGAAGAAUCAAAUGGACUUAAUCACGCUGAUCUUUUUGCGAAAACGUUGAAAAGUCUUGAAUCGCAUCGAGUUGAAUUGGCGUCAAAUGUUGUCAAAACAACAAUUGAACCUAUGAGGAAGUUUUAUGGUGUUUUUCCAAGCGUUAAUAGCGGUGUAAAGAAGCGGGAGCAGUGCUUACAAGAGUACAUGAGAUUAAGGGGAAAAGUUGACAAAUACAAAGAUAAGGAAAAGACUGCACAAAACAUGAGUAAACUUGAACAGUAUGAGAAGGAACUUGAGACAGCCAGAAUUGAUUAUGAAACUCAAAAUGUUUUAAUGUUGGAUGGGCUACCUCAGCUGUGGGAAGGUAGAGUUACAUAUUUUGAACCAUGUUUUGAAGCCUUACAAAGGUCACAAGUUGAUUACUACAGCAAAUGUUGCCAAGCAUAUAGUGACCUGGUCCACACACUUGAGGGUGAUAAUGUUGCUGAUGAUGAGGAAGAUGUUCAACUUGAUGUGCAAGACAUGCUCAAUGACUUGAGAUCAUUGUCAAUUAUUGGAAAUGCCUGAGAGGCUUACUCAUAAGUCUAUCUUGCAAUCAAUAUAUAUCUGGCAAAGCAUCUUGGUUUAAAAACCUUUUGGUUUGAUUCCAGCUGAUUUUGGCAGAUUAAACAACAUAAAACUAUACACACAGUGAUCCACCAUUUUUUGAAGUUUUGCGUUUUUUGUUGAAAACAGUGAUUUUUUGAAGAGAAAGAACUGACUGCACACACCACAGUAACUUAAUUGUGUCAUUGCCAAGGUAGUCAAACUGACAAUACCUUCUGUUAUUGCAACUUGCCUAAACUGUCAAUAUAUGACUGUGAAAUGCACUGCCGAAAUUUAUAAAACCUAGAAAGAUGGUGAAAAAGUGCAUAAAAAAUAGCGAAAAUAAUUAAAUAGUUACCUACCUUACUUUAUAAAGUGACUUCAUUGCAAACUAUGUUUAAUGUCCGUUAUUCAGAAAUAAUGCUCAAAAUUAAUACAGCAAAAAUUGUUUCCUUAGGAAUUUUGAAAAAUGGGUUAAUUUUAAUUUUAAACCAUGUGUUAGGUCCCUUGGCUGAUGUAAAAAUAUUAUUUUCCUGCAUGUCAAAUGAAUUCAUGGAACCUUUAGCGAUUUCUAACAAUGUAAGGGAAGAGAAUUUAUAAAUUACUCAAACUUUAUUUUCCAACUAAACUUUUUACAACAACUUAUGCUUUGUCAGAAAUUGAGAAACAAAAAAACUUUCUUUGAGAAAACAAAUUUUUUUUGAGAGAAAAAAAGUUUUGAUUAUAGCCAACCCCGCAGGCAUUUCUAUUCAAUUCUGAUUGCGGCAAACAAGUCUCAUAAAAAGUUCCUCUAUUUAGUCUAAAAAACGAGGUCCAAAAAUUCGACUCAGUAUUAAAGUAAUAUUCAUAUUUGGCUUACACAACGAUUAACGUUCGAAUAAUCAUCAUGCAGAGAGCUCUACUGUAAAAAGACAGUGCCUGGUAGAAUAAAAUACUAUAAAAAGACAAUGCCUGGUAGAAUAAAAUAACGCA